CUUCAUUUGUGCGCGCAACCAACUUUAUACAUUCAUUACCAUGCUUUCGUUCCUUACACCACCCAAAACAAUCAUCACCCCCAGCCCUUCUUUUUCUCAUCAUGAAAGAUUCGCGAGUCACUUGGUCGCCGACACACCAUCACCGUGCCAUCAUAACCGCUGGGAAAAUCUAGAUUGGCUAACAAACGAUCUUGCAGACCAUGUUGUUCGCAACGCACGUUCCUUUGCUGCCCGCUCGUCUCGCUCAUUCGCCACAUCUGACACUCUGCACCCUCCUGCUCAACCAGAGUCACGCCAAUCCAGUGCACCUGCGUUGGCUGAGAUUGACCCAAACAAUCAAAACCUGCGUCCUGUACUGGCUGCCAACCGUUACCGUCCCUCUCCGACUCCUUCACUGAAGAAGCGCAAGGCUGAGCAAAUUCUUAAGGACCAUGGCUCUCCUCCUGGCCUUCGCGUCACCGCUGGAGGUCGCAUCGUCCCCAGCGAUCAGUCUCCUCUUUGCAGUCCGCGCUAUGGUUACAGUGCCAUCAAGAAGAACGGCAUGCUCAUCAAGUUCGGCCCAAACUUCCCAGCUCCUCCCGGUGGCAUUCCGAUGCAGAGAAUGGGCCUACCCAACGGCUUCGUCGCCCAGGAUCCUGACGGCAGAUUGUGUCAGAUGGUUGAUGGCAAGUUCCUUCCCGUGGACGAUGUUGAUGGCAUUCCUCAGCUGUACAUCGCCGCUCCCAACUUGACUAGCAGUACUGGGUUCCCAGCCGGCGAGAAGGAAGACGCUGCUGGCAGCACCCCCUUUGACACCUCAACCAGGCAGCAACAGCCCAGCCAAACCUUCGACAAAGCCCCUCCGACUGGCCCAUCACUAAAGCAGCCAACCAUGAAGCAGCCCGUCAUCAGCGCUGCUAUGCAGAUCCAGGCUCUGGAGAAGCAGUACAGCAAGCUGGAACAGGAGUCCAAGGAUCUGGACAAAGUCGAAGUGUUGCAACGCAGCUCGAUGAGCUCAAAGGCAUACAACCAGCUCGUCCAGACCCGUCGUGAGCUCGUCAGCCGCAUGAACUCGAUCCGUGUCAGCCUCAAGUCACUCCGUGAAGCCAAGUCGUCCACCGACCAUUCGCCUCAAGCCAUGACUCAGCCAAUGCAGCCACAGUUCAGCAUGCAAUCUUACGGUCCGGCAGCCAUGAUGGGACCAUCGGGACCCAUUCCUGACUGGGCUUUCGACGGCAUCGCUCAUGAUGCUCACAACAUGCCGCCCUUCCAUGGUGCACCUAUGCCACAAGGUCUCGGAUACUACGGCCCUCCUCCUGGCUACCCUGGCCCAAUGGCUCCGUACCCAGGCAUGUACGCAGCAAUGCCACCAAUGUUCAACAUGAUGGGAAUGCCCCCUGUUGAUGCCUUCGGAAACUUCAUGCCAGGCGGAGGCAAUAUGGACCCUCAGGCCUUUUCCAACGGCAGUCCACCUGCUCCACGUGCCGAAGCUGUGCAAAACACUGCAGCAAGCAGUCGCGGACCAGCUGAAGACACCACUACGUCACAGCAAGAGUCUCAACGCAGAACGCAUGCUUUGCAGAUCAAGAACCCGGAGAACAAGUCGGAGUCGAGUCAGAAGUCGGCCCUCAACCCCAUGAGUCCCAGCUACCAGCCUGCCGGCAAGUCGACGCCCACCUCCAAGGUUGUUCCAACUCGAGCAGCAUCGCCAUCGCCGGCUCUUGCCGAAGCAGUCAGACAACACAAUGCUUGGAUCACAGAGUCAGCCAAUGCCUCAGCAACAAACUUGAACUCCGCCGGUUCUCAACGCAAGCUCCGUUACGAGUCGUCUUCGUCGAGUUAUGCUACAGCCGACUUCUUUCCCAACAACCCUCGUGACCACUCGAUGAGGAAAGAUGCCUAUCCUGUCACUCAUGAUCGCAAUGCAAGCCGCAGCAAGAUGGCAGAGCGUCCUUCGGCAUCCAGCGAGCAGCCAGUCACGCCAGACAAGGAGAAUCAGGAUCCAGGAUGGAGCUUUGCUCCAGUUGCCAGUGUUACCACGCCUCCCACCAUGCAAGGCCAGGCCGUUGACCAGUUCGAUGCUCCUGCAACUGAUGACCUUGAUCCUGUUCACAACCGCUCCGAGAUGAAUGUGAGCCCGAAGAACCGUCGUCCAGACUACGUGUCAAGCCAGAAGUCUGUCAGCGAGUCUGCCACAUUCGGAUCGGGUCUUCCUUCGCCUGCCAUCGGCUCCUCGUACCACACGCAAUCGCAGCAGAUCUUGCCUACCGCUUCUUCAGAGCAGCCCUCUUCUUCUGAGGAGAGUACCUACAUGGAUGGCUUCAAGGCUGGCGAAGCUCGCUUGCCUGUCAGCGUUGAGAAGAAUGGUGCUUGGCUCAACGGCUACUGUGCUGGCCUUCUCAAGUCAGCCCAGCCUACAGUCCCUUCUGUCCCACCUCUAUCCGAAGCGUCAGCUCCAGUCCGCGCAGGCCUUGCGAUCGUCAGACCCUACCUGCAUCAGGAACAGAAGAGCUUUGCCACGCAGCGUGCCAUGCCUGCCAUCGGUGUUCACACUAUGCCAAUGAACACUCUCCGGGACGUUGCUUUCUCAACUCAGAACGAGAAUACCAUUCUCACCCCGGAUCCCAAUGGUCCUUGCGUCAACGAUAUGGCUGCUUUGCAUCUUGGAAACUGGAACAAGGCCCACCAGUCUUCCACACCCGCCGAGACUGACGCUGUCCUUGGUCGUGUGCGCAACGGCGAAGCAGUCUUGCCUGAACGCACGUCUUCUGCAAUGCAACGUCAGGUCUCCAACGUCAAUGCUUCCACCGAGCACAGCCGCAGUGCGAUGCCACUCACACAGACCGCAGGAGCCACGAUUGACCGCGGAAGGAUCUCUCAAGACCGUCGUGCAACAUCUGCACAAAUCCAGACCGUUGGCGGCUCUCCAACGGCCUACUUCCAGCGAGUCUACCCUGCUCAUCGCGUCAUGAGUUCCCAGCUCGAAUGGAAGUCUGGAUCAUCCAUUGCCCAAGUUGCCGGCUUAGCCACUGGCUACUUUGCGCAAUACGAUGGUAUGAGAACAGGUGCCAACACUAUUGGAGACAGACAGCCGCUGACUCAAAUGUCUGGCAACACAGGCAUGACUACACACGACACCAUGUCAGGAGCACUGCCCGAGAAGCAGACCAGCAUGUCAGCCAGAUUCACCGAGGGAUCCAUGCCUGCCGACAUCAAGACAAGCAGUCCGUCGUCUUCGCCUGGCAAGAGAUCGCCGACCAAGGGCUCGCCAGCCAAGGUCAAAUUCGCACAAAUUGCCGGCAGAGCUGGCAUCAAGGUUCGCAACGACAGCAGAGACGAGCAAGAGAGCGAGCCAAGCAGUCCUCAGGAGAAGCGUCGCUGGAGAGACGUCUGGACAAAGAGGUUCGCCGAGGGUGAGCAGAAGCCAAGUGGUCGCCAUUGAUGAGGCGAUGAAGACGUAUUGGACAUGCGAGACUGGUUGGUACAUUAUGACUUGGCACCAAUGCCAAUGGCUCUGGAAGCAAAAUUACGAUGAGCAUGUUAGACAGCAUGGAAUUGACGGACAGCUGGAGGUCCAUUGGCACGAGCAGGAUUAACUGGAGGCAUGUCUUUUGAUUGAGUUUUUGUACCUGACAGCAUAUUCAGAAGAAGCAGAUGAUACACCGGGACUGUUGGAGGAUAAGCAGAGUAUGAUUGCUUUAGACAUAUUCAGACGAAUGCAUGACUUCUUUCCUUG